CCUAGCCUCAAGCAGCAAAGCCACAGCCGGGGGACUCGGGGGGACCUUCUGCUGCACGUCCCUGCAUCGCUGGGGUUUCUGUUUUAUUUUCCCGGAGGGGAAAGGGGGGCUGGGAACCAAACCCAACAUGGUGUCCCCAUGUCCUCUGCUCCCCUUUUGCCCCUUCCCCCUUCUGUCAUCUCAGUAGGAAUCGGCUUUUUCUUACCCUGCCCAGAGCUUUGUUUCUCCUCAGACUCUGACGAGAGCCCAGCAACCCAAGAUGGAUUACAGCUCCUUCAGCGGCGUCCCCAGGUUCCUGACCCGGCCCAAGGCGUUCAUGGUGUCAGUGGGGAAGGACGCCACCUUGAGCUGCCAGAUCGUCGGGAACCCCAUCCCAGUGGUGAGCUGGGAAAAGGACAAACUUCCAGUGCAGUCUGGGGGGAGGUUUAAAACCACAGAGGAUGGAGAUCUCUACAGGCUAACCAUCUACGAUCUGAGCCUGGAGGACAGCGGCCAAUACAUCUGCCGGGCCAAGAACACCAUCGGGGAAGCUUUCGCCGCCGUCAGCAUCAAAGUGGGAGAGGAGACCACGGUGACCGAGUCGGCUCCCUACUUCAUCCAGAAGCCCUCCUCCAUCAAGGUGACGCUGGGGGAAGACGCCAUGUUCCGCUGCAAGGUGCAGGGCAGCCCUCCCCUCUCGGUGAACUGGGAGAAGGACGGGAGGUACCUGCGGAACCGAGCCGACGCCGGCCGCUUCCAGAUCGAGUCCGCCGGGGAGUCCAACGCGCUGACCAUCCAGUGCGCCCGCCUGGGGGACAGCGGCACCUACACCUGCCGGGCGGAGAACCUCAUCGGCGCCGCCAGCGCCUCGGCCGCGCUGGUGGUGGAGACGCAGGGCCCCUCCAACCCGGGCGGCGGCCCCCACUUGGACGCCAGCUGCGGCAAGACGGCCUCCUUGCUGUCCCACCUGCAGAAGAGGCGGGAGGAGAUCCGCAAGAUGGACGUCUCCCACGGGACCCUCGACCACCCUUACUCCGCGGCGGAGGGGCUGUCCGGCAUGGGCUACGGCCUGGCCCGGGACUACGAGAGGGCGGCCAAAGCGGGGCGCAACGCCACCCUGGGGGCCUUGACUCGCACCUGCAGCGUGACGGAGGGCAAGCACGCCAAGCUCAGCUGCUACGUGACCGGGGAGCCCAAGCCCGAGAUCGUGUGGAAGAAGGACAACCAGGUCAUUCUGGAAGGGCGGCGCCACGUCAUCUACGAGGACGACCAGGAGAACUUCGUGCUGAAGAUCCUCUUCUGCAAGCAGGUGGACAACGGCCUCUACACCUGCACCGCCUCCAACCUGGCAGGCCAGACCUACAGCUCCGUGCUCGUCACCGUCAAAGAGCCCUCAAUACCCUUCAAGAAAAAGCUGACGGAUCUUGAAGUGAGGGAGAAGGAAUCUGCCACCUUCCAGUGUGAAGUGCCUGUUCCUAGCACGGAGACAGCUUGGUUCAAGGAGGAAACCAAACUCAGGCAGAGCAAGAAAUACAGCAUCGAAGAAGAGGGCACCUAUCGCCGGCUCACCGUCCAGGACGUCACUGCAGACGAUGAUGCUGUCUACAUCUGUGAGAUGAAGGAAGGCAGCAGGACCAUUGCAGAGUUGUCUGUCCAAGGGAACAUCAUCAAAAAGCUGCCCCGGAAGACUGCAGUCUUUGUGAAGGACACAGCCAUCUUCUGCGUGGAGCUGGACAGCGAGUGCCAGGAGGUGCACUGGCUGAAGAACAAGGAGGAGGUGAGAGCCGGGGGCCGCAUCUCCAUCACGCGCUCCGGCAAGCAGCACACCAUGACCAUCCGAGAGUGUGAGAUGGAAGAUGCUGGUGAGAUUGCCUUCCUGGCUGACGAGAGCAAGACCACCACCCAGUUCACUGUGACCACUCCCAAAAAGCCACCCACCCAAGCCCCAGCUGACCCUGUGGUGAAAAAUAAAACAGAAACCUCAGUGACGCUAGCCUGGUCCCCUCCGAAGACAGAGCGUCCCAUUCCCGUCGACGGCUACGUCGUGGAGCGCAAGAAGCUGGCUGGCUUCACCUGGGUCAGGUGCCACGAGGCUCCUGUCCCUGCCCCUGAGCUCACGGUGAGCAACCUGCCAGAGGAGGCUGACUAUCAGUUCAGAGUGUCUGCUGUCAACACCUACGGACAGAGCCCCUACUUGGAGUUCCCCGGGAGCAUCCACCUUGAACCAGUCCUGGCUGUGAAAUGUCCCCUGACAACCAUUGAAGCUGUGCCUGGUGGUGAUGCUGUGUUUACUAUCGACCUUACAAAGACCUGUUCUGGCAAUUGGUACCUUAAUGGUAAAGUCCUGCAGGAAAGUGAGACCUGCAUCAUGAGGAGAACCCAAACCACUCACACCCUAAUCAUAAAGAACGUCACCAAGAGCCAGGACGGAGCAGAAGUGAAGUUUGUUGCAGAUAACAUUGACACCAGCACCAAGAUGAGAGUGAAAGGUGCUGCAGUGAGGUUUACCAACAAGAGCAGAGAUGUAGAGAAGGUCUCUGCCAGGCUGCGGGAGGAAGCCAAACUUCUGGCUGAGCUCUCAGACACAGAAGCUGCUGUGAAGUGGAUGAAGGAUGGGAAAGAGCUCAAGGCCAGUGACAAAUAUGAGCUUCAAACUGUGGGGAAGAAGCAUAUCCUGAAAAUCCUCAACACUGCAGCAGAGGAUGCUGGAGCUUAUGAGUGCACCUGUGAAGGGGAUAAAAUGGUCUAUCAGCUUACAGUGAAAGCACUUGCAACCUUCAUAAACAAAGAGAAAAGUGGAGGAGUUGUCAGGGCCACCACUGGAAAGCAGGCUGAAUUUCUUUCUGAGACCUCUGAGGCCAACCUCAUGGUUAAGUGGUACAAAGAUGGCAAAGAGAUCACAGCCAGCAAGAAAUUCACGGUGGAAGAUAAAGGAAAGAUGCACAAGCUUGUGGCUUCAGCUGUGACAAAAGAAGAUGAAGGAACAUACACGUGCAAAAUAGGAGAUGACACUCUUACUUUUGAUUUAAAAGUCUCAGAUGAAGCUGUUAACUUUGUCAACAAGCCCAAAACGCCUCCAGAGGUCUCAGUCAGUCCUUCUGACACCCUGGAGCUGGUGUGUGAGGUGUCAGCCGCGAGUGGAGCUGUGGUGUGGAAGAAGGAUCAAAGUGAGGUGAAGCAGGACCAGAGAACAACAGUCAUCUCCCAGGGGACGCACCGCAAGCUCAUCGUCAAGAAGGUGACACAACAAGACCAAGGGAGCUACACCUGUGAAACAAAGGAUGACAGAACAACAUUCCAAGUCAAAGUCAAAGAGACAGAAGACAUGUUUACAAACAAGGAGAAGGUACAAAAGGAGGUGAAAGCUGCACUGACACAAAAUGCCACCCUGAGCUGUGAGGUGGCCCAGGAGAAGACUGAGGUGAAAUGGUACAAGGAAGGGAAACUGAUCACUGCCAGCAAGAAGUUCAAGGUGGAGGCAGAGGGCAAAUCUCGUCGGCUGGUGGUGAGUCAGCUGGAGAAGAAAGAUGCUGGGGAGUACACCUGUGAGGCUGCUGGCCAGAAGCUGACCUUCAGGAUUGAUGUCACAGAGGCAGAAGAUGCUUUCAUCAACAAGGAGAAGGUGCAGAAAGAGGUGAAAGCUGCACUGACACAAAAUGCCACCCUGAGCUGUGAGGUGGCCCAGGAGAAGACUGAGGUGAAAUGGUACAAGGAAGGGAAACUGAUCACUGCCAGCAAGAAGUUCAAGGUGGAGGCAGAGGGCAAAUCUCGUCGGCUGGUGGUGAGUCAGCUGGAGAAGAAAGAUGCUGGGGAGUACACCUGUGAGGCUGCUGGCCAGAAGCUGACCUUCAAGGUUGAUGUCACAGAAGCAGAAGAUGCCUUCAUCAACAAGGAGAAGGUGCAGAAAGAGGUGAAAGCUGCACUGACACAAAAUGCCACCCUGAGCUGUGAGGUGGCCCAGGAGAAGACUGAGGUGAAGUGGUACAAGGAAGGGAAACUGAUCACUGCCAGCAAGAAGUUCAAGGUGGAGGCAGAGGGCAAAUCUCGUCGGCUGGUGGUGAGUCAGCUGGAGAAGAAAGAUGCUGGGGAGUACACCUGUGAGGCUGCUGGCCAGAAGCUGACCUUCAAGGUUGAUGUCACAGAAGCAGAAGAUGCUUUCAUCCACAAGGAGAAGGUACAGAAGGAGGUAACAACUGCACUGUCAGAAAAUGCCACCCUGAGCUGUGAGGUGGCCCAGGAGAAGACUGAGGUGAAAUGGUACAAGGAAGGGAAACUGAUCACUGCCAGCAAGAAGUUCAAGGUGGAGGCAGAGGGCAAAUCUCGUCGGCUGGUGGUGAGUCAGCUGGAGAAGAAGGAUGCUGGGGAGUACACCUGUGAGGCUGCUGGCCAGAAGCUGACCUUCAAGGUUGAUGUCACAGAGCCAGAAGAUGCUUUCAUCAACAAGGAGAAGGUGCAGAAAGAGGUGAAAGCUGCACUGACACAAAAUGCCACCCUGAGCUGUGAGGUGGCCCAGGAGAAGACUGAGGUGAAAUGGUACAAGGAAGGGAAACUGAUCACUGCCAGCAAGAAGUUCAAGGUGGAGUCAGAGGGCAAAUCUCGUCGGCUGGUGGUGAGUCAGCUGGAGAAGAAGGAUGCUGGGGAGUACACCUGUGAGGCUGCUGGCCAGAAGCUGACCUUCAAGGUUGAUGUCACAGAGCCAGAAGUUGUCUUUACAAACAAGGAGAAGGUGCAGAAAGAGGUGAAAGCUGCACUGUCAGAAAAUGCCACCCUGAGCUGUGAGGUGGCCCAGGAGAAGACUGAGGUGAAAUGGUACAAGGAAGGGAAACUGAUCACUGCCAGCAAGAAGUUCAAGGUGGAGGCAGAGGGCAAAUCUCGUCGGCUGGUGGUGAGUCAGCUGGAGAAGAAGGAUGCUGGGGAGUACACCUGUGAGGCUGCUGGCCAGAAGCUGACCUUCAAAGUUGAUGUCACAGAGCCCAAGCCUGCCUUUAUCAACCAGGAAAAGGUCCAGAAGGAGGUGAAUGCUGUCCUGACAGAAAGUGCCACCCUCAGCUGUGAGGUGGCAGAGGACACAACCCAAGUGAAAUGGUUCAAGGAUGGCAAACUGCUGAUUUCCUCUAGAAAGUUCAAAAUAGAAACCGUGGGCAAGACGCGGCGCCUGGUGGUGGAGCAGCUGGAGAAGAGAGAUGCUGGAGAAUACAUCUGUGAGGCUGCAGGCCAGAAGCUGACCUUCAAGUUGGAACCAACUGAACCAGAGGCUAAAUUUGAGAACAAAGUUGUCCAGAAGGAGCCUCUUGUUGUUGAAGAACACGAGAGCAUCACACUGACCACCUCAGUGACGCCUGAAACGGCUGCAGUGAAGUGGCUCAAGGAUGGAACAGAAAUCAAAGCGAGCAAGAAAUAUGUGAUUAAGAGUGAGGGGGCAUCCAGGACCCUGACAGUCAACCUGGCUGAGAGCUCAGACACUGCUGUCUACACCUGCCAGACAAAGAAUGACAAGCAGGAAUUCAAAGUGCAGGUGAAAGCCAUCCCAGUGAAGUUUACCAAGAGACUGGAAGCUGUUCCUGCUGAGAUUGGCGGCAGCAUCUCUCUGAGCUGUGACGUGAGCCACGCCAAGGGGCAGGUGGUGUGGCGCAGGAACGGUGUGGAGCUCAGAGCCAGCAAACGCUUCCAGAUUCACCAGGAGGGCGUCAGAAGGACCCUGACCAUCACAGGCAUCCGGGCUGAGGAUGAGGGAGAGUACUCCUGCGAGUCCAGGGAUGACAAGAGCAGUGUGACCAUCACCCCCAAACCUCCCAGAGUGGUGAAAUUCGUUACGAGUCUCAACAGCGUGGUCUCUGAAGAAGGAAAAGAGGCUGUCUUCAAGUGCACUGUCUCUCCCAGUGAUGCUGUGGUCACUUGGCUCAGGAAUGGAGUCAAGAUUGAAGCCAGCAAGAAGUAUGUCAUCUCACAGAAGGACACCAACCACAGCCUCACCAUCACUGACCUGACGCUGGAGGAUGCGGCUGAGAUCUGCGCCAAUGCUGAAGGCGUAGAAAGCACAGCCAACCUCAGAGUCCGAGAGGCCUCAAUCUCAUUCAAGAAGAAACUGGAGCCCAGAACAGUCGAAGAAAGAGACACAGUGACCUUGGAGGUAGAGCUGACCAAGUCUGCAGAGGUGAAGUGGAUGAGGAACAGCAUUGUACUGAAGCCCAGUGAAAAAGUAGAGAUCAAAGCUGAGGGAACGAAGCACACCUUGGUGAUCAGGGACAUCACCUUUGCAGACAGGGGCUUCUACUGCUGUGAGAGUCCUGAUGACAAGACCCAGGCCAAGAUCAAUGUGGAAAUGAGGCAGAUCAAGCUGGUGAAAGGUCUUCAGCCCCUCCAAGUGUCUGAGAAAGGGACUGUCACCUUUGAGGUGGAGGUGUCACAUGAGGAUGUGGAAGGGACGUGGCAGAAGGAUGGCGUCCGGCUGAAGCCUUCACCCAGUGUCAGCAUUGGUGCUCAGGGCAAGAAGCACUCACUGACUCUUUCCUCAGUGACUCUUGAAGAUGCAGGACUCAUCUCCUUCAAAGCAGAAGGCAUUCACUCUUCAGGGAAGCUCACUGUGACAGAACUGCCUGUGAGAAUCAGCAAACCUUUGACAGACAUCAGUGCAACUCAGAAGGACAAGGUCACAUUUGAGUGUGAGCUGUCCAGGCCCAACGCAGAUGUUAAGUGGUUCAAGGAUGGGAAGGAGCUCCGGCCCAGUCAACAAGUGGGGAUUGCUUCCCAAGGAAAUAAGAGAAGCCUCAUUAUUCACAAGUGUGAAUAUGAAGACCAGGGCACCUACAUGUGUCAAGUAGCUGAAGACAAGACCUCAGCUACGCUAAAGAUCCAUGCCCGAGAUAUCAGGAUUGUUAAACCACUGGAAGAUGUGGAAGUGAAUGAAUUUGAGAGUGCAUCUUUUGUCUGUGAAAUUUCACAUGAUGAGGUCCAGACCCAGUGGUACAAAAAUGACAACAAGCUGAAGGCUGCCGACAACAUCAGGAUGCGUCAAGACGGCAAGACCUAUUCACUGACUUACACACGUGUCCAGGUCCAAGACGCAGCAGAGAUCAAAUUUGUAGCAGAAAAGGCAGAGUCUCGUGCCCAGCUCACUGUGAAAGAGCUGCCUGUGAAAAUUGUGAAGCCAUUGAGGGAUAAGAUAGCCCUGGAGAAGCACCGGGGCUUCCUGGAGUGCCAGGUGUCUCGAGCCAAUGCCCAGGUGAGGUGGUACAAAAGGGAUGUGGAGCUUCACCCCGGGGCCAAGUACGAGAUGGUGAGCGACGGAGUCUAUCGGAAACUCAUCAUCAACGAUGCAGGCUAUGAAGAUGAGGACACCUACACUUGUGAUGCCUUGGAUGACAAAAGCAGUGCCAAUUUCUUUGUGGAAGAGCAAUCCAUUAGCAUCAUAAAGGAGUUGUGUGACGAGGAUGUGACCGAGCCUGAAGAGGCCACGUUUGAAUGCGAGAUAUCCAUUCCAUCUGUGAAACCUCCCAAAUGGUUUCUGUGUGGAGAAGCCCUGCAGGCUGGCAGAAACAUUAUCAUGCAUCAGGAAGGCACCAUCCACAGGCUGACCAUCGUGAAAACCAGUGCCAGCAUGACAGGCACCGUGCAGUUCUCCAUUGGCAAGUCCAAAUCCACAGCAAACCUACUUGUCAGAGAUUACCACAUACAGAUCACCAGGAAGCUGGAGGACAAGAGAGCUCUGGAGCGCCAUUCGGUCAUCUUGUCCUGUGACUUCAGGCCUUCUCCAAAGAUUGUGAAGUGGUUCAAGGACCACACACCCAUUGAGCCCUCUGAGAAGUACAAAAUCAAGCGGGAGCAGCACUCAGCAGAGCUCAAGAUUUUGAAGGUGAAGCCUGAAGAUGCUGGUGUGUACAAGUGCAGGGCUGGAAACGCGGAGACUGAAGCCACCCUGACUGUUGAAGCCCGCGAUGUCCAGGUGCUCAAACACCUGCAGGAUGUGGAAAUCGAAGAGGAGAGUUCCGCUGUUUUCUCCUGCGAGCUGUCCCACGACGAUGAGGACGUGGAGUGGUUCCUCAAUGGCACCCUCCUUUAUACCAACAAUUUCAAUGACAUCAGGAACGUUGGCAACUGCUACAUGCUGACCAUGAAGCAGGUCAAGCCUGAAGACGCUGGCACAGUGACGAUGAAGUCAGACAAGGUGUCGGAGAGUGUGCGCCUGAAGGUGAUAGAGAAGCCUGCUGUCUUCAUGAAGGCCUUGGAUGAUGUCUUUGGUGAGGAGCGUGGUGUGAUUAAGCUGGAGUGUGAAGUCUCCAAAGAAAAGGUCAAACCUGUUUGGAAAAAGGAUGGUGAGAAGAUCACUUCUGGUGCUAAGUAUGAGCAGAUACAGACUGGGAAGACCCUGUGCCUCCUUAUCCAUGACCUAGAAAAGACAGAUGCAGGCUUAUACACCUGUGAUAUUGGCACUGAUGUUGCCAAGUCGAAGGUCAGCGUCCAGGAACUCAACAUCGGCAUCACCAAACGGUUGAAGAACACAGAAAUCCAGGAGGGAGAAGAUUGCACUUUUGAGUGUAUUUUGUCCCAUGAAAGCAUUGAUGACUUCAACUGGACACUGAAUGGGAGCCAGGUGGAAAGCGGUGGCCGAUUUGAAGCCUCCAACGCGGGGCGGAAGUACACGCUUCGCAUCAGGGACGUGGCUCGUGGGGAUGCCGGGGAAGUCAUUUUCACUGCCCGUGGUCUGACCUCCAAGGCUUCUCUGGUUGUGAAAGAAAAGCCUACUGAGGUUGUAAAGCAGCUGGAGGACAAAACAGCAGCAGCAGGACAGGACAUCAGCCUGAGCUGUGAAUUGUCAAAGCCUGAGGCCACCAUCAGGUGGUACAAGGACGGCAAAGCGAUCCGGAAAAGCCAGAAGUAUGACUUGCACCAAGAGGGCACACGAGCCACUCUGAUCAUCCAUGAGUCCACAGUCAAGGACAGUGGGGAAUACACCUGUGAGACAGAGGUCUCUAAAACAAAAGCCAGGAUCACAGUGCAAGAAAAACCUAAUUAUUUUGUCAAGGAACUCUCAGACCUGAAAGCUGAUGAAAGUGGAACUGCAGUCUUGAUUUGCCAGAGCGAGAGAGCUGCAUCCUCUGUGGUCUGGAGGAAAGGCAUUGCUGAGCUCAGGGCUAACAAGAAGUAUGAGAUCACACAGAAAGGACAAGUGCUCCAGCUGACCAUAAAUGACCUGGAGAAAAGUGACAGUGACACUUACACCUGUGACAUUGGUGAUGCCCAGUCCAGAGCCAAGCUUGUUGUGCAAGGCCAGAGAGUGCUAAUAACAGAAGACCUGGAAGAUGUCACUGUGUUAGAAGGAGAAUCUGCCAUGUUCAGAUGCAGAAUCUCUCCUGUAGACUAUAGCAAAGUGCAGUGGUUUUUGGAUAAAACCCCUCUCCAUACCAAUGAACUUAAUGAGAUCCAGUUUCAGCCUGGUGGAUAUCACUUGCUAACGCUGAGAAAGCUCUCCCUGAAGGACUCGGGGGUCAUUACAUUUGAAGCUGGUGAUAAGAAAACCUCUGCCAGUUUGGUUGUUAAAGAACUGCCAGUUCUUUUCAAGCAAGAGCUCCAAAACGAGGAAGCUAAAGAAGGAAAACAAGUCAGGCUGAGCUGUGAGCUCAGCAAGCCUGGUACCCCAGUGAAAUGGAUGAAAGGAGACACUGUUCUCCAUGCCAGCGAGAAGUAUGAAUUCAAGCAGCAUGGCACUGUGGCAGAGCUCAUCAUUCGAGAUGUCAAGUCAGUAGAUGCUGGGGACUACACCUGCACUGCUGGGGGGCUGAAGACCACAGCCCAGGUCAAAGUGAACGCUAUACCUGUCCUCUUCAAACAAGCCCUGGAGAACACAGCCACGGAAGAGGGGAACUCUGUCUCCUUGCGCUGCGAGCUCACGAAAGCUGACGCCACUGUGGUGUGGAAGAAGGGAGAAGCCACACUCCAGGCAAGUGCCAAGUAUGAAAUGAAGCAGAAGGGGACAGUGGCAGAGCUGGUGAUUCAUAAUGCAGAGCCAGAAGAUGCGGGAAGAUACACCUGUGACACUGGAGACCAGCAGAGCACAGCCCAAGUCAAAAUCCAUGCCGCCUCUGUGCUCAUCAAGGAAGAGCUGAAGAGCCUGGAAGCUGUGGAAGGUGGGACAGCCACCCUGCAGUGCCAGCUGAGCAGAGAGGCCUCUGUAGAGUGGAGGAAGGGCCACGCUCUUCUUCGGCCGAGUCACAAGUACAGGAUGAGGCAGGAGGGCGCCGUGGCCGAGCUGCUGAUCCACGAUCUGGAGCCACAGGAUGCUGGAGACUACACUUGUGUAGUGGGGACCCAAAAAACCACAGCAGCCUUGGCAGUGAAUGCCCUGCCAAUCCGCUUCAAGAGGGAGCUGAAGAACGAGGAGGGCACGGAGAGCGGGACGGCCACGCUGCAGUGCGAGCUGAGCCAGGCCGGGGGCUCGCUGGAGUGGAGGAAGGAUGGGAAGGUGCUGGUGCCAAGCAGCAAGUACAAAAUGAGACAGGAAGGGCGUUUUGUUGAGCUGGUUAUCCAAGAGCUAGACCUAUCGGAUGCUGGGAGCUAUACCUGCGUGUGUGGAGACCAGAAGACCACAGCCGCUUUGACGGUGAAUGCCUUGCCCAUCCUCUUCCAAGAAGGACUGUUGAACAAGGAAGCUACAGAGGGUGAGGCAGUCACUUUGCGGUGCAAACUGAGCAAACCGGCCCGGGUCGAGUGGAGAAAGGGGAAUAAGGUCCUCAAGCCAAGUGACAAAUACAAACUAGAGCAGGAAGGUCCCUUCGUGGAGCUGACCAUCCAGGAUGUGGAUCUGGCAGAUGCUGGUGAUUACAGCUGUGUGUGUGGAGAUCAGCAGACUGCAGCUGCCUUGGCAGUAAAUGUCCUGCCUGCUCUUUUCACCAAAGCACUGACAGAUGAAGCAGCCACAGAAGGCAAAAGUGUCUCCCUGCGCUGUGAGCUGAACAAGGCUGCUGCCAGCGUGGAGUGGAAGAAGGGCUUCAAGAGCCUCCGCUCGAGUGACAAGUACCAAAUGAAGCGGGAAGGUCUCACUGCUGAGCUCACAAUCCAAAACCUGGAUGUGACAGAUGCUGGGAAUUAUUCCUGUGUGUGUGGAGACCAGCAGACCAUGGCAGUUCUAACAGUACAUGCUUUGCCUGCCUUUUUCAAAGAAGGACUGAAGAACAGAGAAGCCACAGACGGUGGAACAGCCACUCUGCACUGUGAGCUGAGCAAGGUCGGCGUCCCAGUGGAGUGGAAAAAAGGGGGCAAGGUGCUCAAACCAAGCGAUAAGUACAGGAUGAGGCAAGAAGACACUGCUGCAGAGCUGCUGAUCCGAGAUCUGGAGGUGGAAGAUACAGGAGAAUACACCUGUGUGUGUGGAGAUCAGAAGACCUCAGCUGUCUUGACAGUCCAUGCUUUGCCUGCACUGUUCAAAAAAGAGCUUGUCAAUGUGGAAGCCACUGAGAGCGGGGCAGCUCUUCUGCAGUGUGAGCUAACGAAAGCCACUCCAGUGGAGUGGAGGAAAGGGCAAAAGGUGCUCAAGCCUAGUGAGAAGUACAAAAUGAGGCUGAAGGAUGCCACUGCUGAGCUGACAAUCCACAGCCUGGAGGAACAAGAUGCUGGAGACUACACGUGUGUGUGUGGAGACAAGAUGACUACUGCAUCCCUGACAGUGCAUGCCCUUCCUCCACACUUUAUACAAGAGCUGAAGAACGUGGAAGCCACAGAAAAAGGCACGGCCACUUUCUGCUGCGAGUUGAACAAGCCUGCAGCCUCUGCUGAGUGGAGGAAAGGAGACAGAGCCCUGGAGCCAAAUGACAAAUUCACCAUGAGAUGUGAGGGCACAAGUGCUGAGCUGCUGAUCCAUGAUUUAGACCUGACAGAUGCUGGAGAUUACACAUGCUGCUAUGGAGACCAGAAAACCACUGCUGCACUAAGAGUGAAUGCCUUGCCUGCACACUUCAAGAAAGAGCUGCAGAACGAAGAAGCCACAGAAGGUGGCACAGCCACACUACAAUGUGAGCUAUCUAGGGCUGCCUCUGUGGAGUGGAAAAAGAAGCACAAAACACUCAAAGCAAGUGAAAAAUACACUAUGAGACAGGAGGGUACUACAGCACAGCUGCUGAUCCAUGCUUUAGAUGUCAAGGAUGCUGGGGAGUAUACCUGUGUGUGUGGAGAUGUGAAGACCACUGCAGCACUGACAGUGCAUGCCCUUCCUGCUCUCUUCAAAGAAGAGCUAAGCAAUGAGGAAGCCACGGAAGGUGAAGCGGUGACUCUGCGCUGUGAGCUGACCAAGGCUGCGGCAGUGGAGUGGAAAAAGGGACACACAGUGCUCAGACCUAGUGAGAAAUACAAAAUGAGGCAGAAGGAUGUCACAGCAGAGCUGGUGAUCCAUAAUGUAGAUGAGAGUGAUGCUGGUGAUUACACCUGCGUGUGUGGGGAGAAGCAGUCCACAGCUUCCUUGGCAGUACAUGUGCUGCCUGCAUGCAUCAAGGAGAGCCUGAGGAACGAGGAGGUGACAGAAGGCCAAGCAGCCACUCUGCGCUGUGAGCUGACGAAGGUUGCUCAAGUGGAGUGGAGAAAGGGAAGCAGGCUGCUCAAAGCCAGUGGCAAAUACAAAAUGAGACAGGAGGGCACGGUUGUGAAGCUGCUUAUCCAUGAUACAGAGCUGAAAGAUGCUGGAGAAUACACUUGUGUGUGUGGAGAACAGGAGACGACAGCUGCCUUGACAGUGCAUGCCCUGCCUGCAGUUUUCAAAGAAGAACUGAAGGACCUGCAAGCUGUGGAAAGCCAAACAGCCACCCUGCACUGUGAGUUGACCAAGGCUGCAGAUGUGUCGUGGAAGAAAGGAAAUCAAAUACUGAGGGCAAGUGGCAAGUACAUCAUGCGGCAGGAUCGUGCCCUUGCCGAGCUGGAAAUCCGAGAUCUGGAGCUGCAGGAUGCAGGAGAUUACACCUGUGUGUGUGGAGACCAACACACCACUGCUUCUCUGACAGUGAAUGCCCUGCCAGUGGUUUUCAAGGAGGAACUGCAGAAUGAGGAAGUCCAAGAAGGAGCAUCAGUCUCUCUGUGUUGUGAACUAAGCAAGGCAGCUCCAGUGCAGUGGAAAGCAGGGUCCCAGGUGCUCAAAGCAAGUGACAAGUAUGAAAUGAGGCAGUCUGGCACCACUGCAGAGCUGGUGAUUCAUGGCUUAGAAGUAAAAGAUGCUGGAGAGUACACCUGUGUGUGUGGUGACCAGAAGACAACAGCAACCUUAACAGUUCAUGCUCUGCCACCACUCUUUAAGGAAGAGCUAAAGGCUGAGGAAGCAGAAGAAGGUGCAGAUGUCACCCUGCACUGUGAGCUCACCAAAGCUGCUCCAGUAGAGUGGAAGAAGGACCAGAGGAUUCUCAAAGCAAGUGGAAAGUACAACAUGAGGCAGGAAGGGACCAAGGCAGAGCUGGUGAUUCAUGGACUAGCUGAGGAGGAUGCAGGAGACUACACCUGUGUGUGUGGAGAGCACCAGACUACAGCUGUCUUAACAGUACAGGCUGUGCCUCCAGUUUUCCAAGAAGAAGUGACCAGCAAGGAAGCAGUAGAAGGUGGAACAGCCACUUUGCACUGUAAGCUCAGCAAGGCUCCUGCCCAUGUUCAGUGGAAGAAGGGCCAUCACAUCCUCACCUCAGACAACAAGUACAGCAUGAGACAGGAAGGCUGUGUUGUGGAGCUGGUGGUUCAUGAUUUAGACUUGAGUGAUACUGGAGAUUAUACCUGUGUGUGUGGAGACAAGACCACCACAGCCACCUUAACAGUGCAUGCACUGCCUCCAGAAUUCAAGCAAGACCUAAAGGACCUGGAAGCUGUGGAAGGUGGGACAGCUGCUCUGUGCUGCGAGCUGACUAAACCUGCUGUGGUGGAGUGGAAGAAAGGGCAGAAGGUGCUCAAAGCCAGCAGCAAAUACAAAAUGAGCCAAGAUGGUGCUGUUGCAAAGCUGAUUAUCCACGAGCUGGAUGUGGAGGACACUGGAGAUUACACCUGUGUGUGUGGAGACCAGCAGACAACUGCUGCUUUGACAGUCAAUGCCCUCCCAGCACUUUUCAAACGAGAGCUGCAGAAUACUGAGGCAGAAGAAGGUGGCACAGCAACACUGAGGUGUGAGCUUACCAAACCCAAGGCUCCAGUAGAGUGGAGGAAAGGAGAUGUUACUCUCUACCCUGGUUUGAAAUACGAGAUGAAGCAGCAGGGCUGCACUGCUGAGCUGGUGAUUCAUGACCUAGGACUGGAUGAUUCAGGAGGGUACACCUGCAACACUGGCCACCAGCAGACAGCAGCGGUGGUCACCGUACAGGCACUGCCUGUCACAUUUAAGCAGCCCCUACAAAAUAAGGAGUCAGAUGAAGGAAGCACAGCUACGUUCUGCUGUGAGCUGUCAAAACCCAACGUUGCAGUGGAAUGGAGGAAAGGAGGAUUAGGGCUGCGACCCAGCCAAAAAUACGAGAUGAGGCAGAGGGAAUGCCUGGCAGAACUCUUAAUACAUAAUCUCAAACUAGAAGAUACAGGAGAGUACAGCUGUGACUCUGGGGAGCAGGAAACCAAGGCAUCUUUAAAUGUGAAAGCUCUGCCAGUUCUUUUCAAAAAGGAGCUCAAAGAUGAGGAGGCAGAAGAAGGAACCUCGGUGAAAUUCCAGUGUGAGCUGACAAAGGAGGAUGCGACAGUGGAGUGGAGGAAAGGCACCAUGGAGCUCUUCCCAUGCUCCAAAUAUGAAAUUAAACUGAGUGGUCACACAGCUGAACUUGUGAUUCAUAAGGUAGAACCAGAAGAUGCCUCUGAUUACACGUGUGACACAGGAGACCAGCAGAGCACAGCAGCCCUCAGAGUGAAUGCCAUCAAACCCCGGCUGAAGCAGCAGCUGAAGAAUGAAGAGGUGGAAGCAGGAGGGACAGCCAAGCUGCGCUGUGAGAUAUCCAUUAGCAAAGCAGAGGUGGAGUGGAGGAAGGAUGGAGUCCUCCUGCAGGCCAGCUCCAAGUACGAACUGCGGCAGGAGGGCACCGUCCGUGAGCUGCGUGUCCAUCACCUGGAGCCCAGUGAUGCUGGAGAGUAUUCCUGCAAGGCUGGGGAUGAGACCAGCUCUGCCAAACUGACUGUGACAGAGCCUGACGUGACCAUCGUGAGUGGCCUGCAGGACAUGGUGGUGUUCGAAGGGGACGAUGUCACAUUCCGGUGCCAGGUCUCUCAUGACAAUGCAAGGGAUGUGGAAUGGAAGCUGCAGGAUGUUGCUCUGCAAAACAAUGAAAUGAAUGAGAUCUCAGUGGAAAAGGGGAAGAUCCACACCCUGACCCUAAGGAAGGUGACCGAGCAGGACAUUGGCACCGUCGCCUUCCGAGUGGGACCCCACACGUCGACAGCAGAGCUCACAGUUAAAGUGCCACCUCCAGUCUUCAAGGAGAAAUUACAGAGCAUAGAACUUCAGGAGGAAGAAACAGCCACCCUCUGCUGCGAGCUCUCUCAACCUAAUGCUGCAGUGAAGUGGAAGAAGGGUGCCCAGGUGAUUUCCUCGAGCUCCAAGUAUGAAAUCAGGCAGGAGGGAACGGUCCAUACUUUGAAGAUUCAUCACUUAAAACCAGAAGACUCUGGCAAAUACACCUGUGACAAUGGAAAUGAACAAACAACAGCCACCAUCACUGUUAAAGCUUUGCCAGCAACCUUCACAAAGCCACUCCAGAGCCAGCAAGCUGAAGAGGGUGGCACCGUCACUUUGAGCUGUGAAAUCUCAAAAGCAAAUGCCAGUGUGCAGUGGAAGAAGGCCGGGGCAGUGCUGCGACCCAGCAACAAGUACAAGAUGCAUCAAGCUGGAUCGGUGGCUGAGCUGACAAUUCACAACCUGAGUGCAGCUGAUGCUGGGGAGUAUGUGUGUGACACUGGAGACCAGCAAACCACUGCAGCUGUGCUUGUGAAAGAGCCACCAGCAACCAUUGUGGAGAUGCUGAAGGAUGUCACUUCACAUGAAGGAGAAGAUGCAGUGUUUGAAUGCAGGCUGUCCAAGGAAACAACUCAGGAUGCCCAGUGGUUCCUAGGAGAUGUUCCCCUACAAUCCAAUGAAAUGAAUGAGAUCAGAGUCCAAGGGGCACAUCACACUUUGAUCCUGAGGAAGGUGACGUUAGAAGACUGUGGAUCUAUCAGUUUCAAAGUCGGGCAGCACACUUCUGUGGCACAGCUAAAGGUGCAAGCUGCUCCAGUUGCCUUUGUAAAGGCACUCCAGAGCUUGGAGCUGCAGGAGGGUGGCACAGCCCAUUUGUCCUGUGAGGUGUCCAAGCCUGAUGUGCCAGUGGAGUGGAAGAAAGGCACAUCCCUGAUCCACUCCAGUCAGAAGUGCAGCAUCAAGCAGGAGGGGAAUGUCCACACCUUGGUCAUCCAUGACUUGAACCCUGCAGACUCAGGGGAGUACAGCUGCCACACUGCUGAUGGGAAGACCACUGCCAGGCUUGAGGUGAAAGCCCUGCCUGUGCUUUUCAAACACUGGCUGAGGAACGAGGAGGUGGACGAGGGGCGCACGGCCGUGCUGCGCUGCGAGCUGACCAAACCCAACGCGCCUGUGGAGUGGAGGAAAGGGGAUGUGGUGCUCCAGCCAAGUGACAAGUAUGAGAUCCACCAGGAGGGGACACAGGUUGAGCUCUUCAUCUAUGAUGUUGAAGCUCAAGAUGCUGGUGACUACACCUGCGACUCGGGGGACCAGCAGACCACUGCAUCCCUGCAAGUCAAAGUACUGCCUGUGCUCUUUAGUGAAGAGCUGAAAAAUGUAGAGUCUGAAGAAGGGGGCACAGCUGUCUUGCACUGUGAGAUCUCCAAACCCCAUGCCCCUGUUGAGUGGAGAAAAGGAGGGGUGGUCAUUCAGCCCAGUGACAAGUACGAGAUGAAGCUGAGAGGCCACGUUGCUGAGCUGAUCAUCCAUGGUGUAGAGCCUGAUGACUGUGGGGAUUAUACCUGUAGCACUGGAUUUGAGAUCACCACAGGUUCUGUGUAUGUGCAAGAAGAAGCAGCAGUCAUAGUUUGUGGUUUAAAGAACACAGAUGUCUUCGUGGGGGAGUCCGCCACGUUCACCUGCGAGCUCUCGCACCCGGGCGUGAGGAACGUGCAGUGGUGGCUCGAUGGAUCUCCCCUGCACAACAACUUUGUGACUGAAAUCUCUGAGCAGGAUGGGAGGAUCCACACUUUAACCCUAAACGAUGUGGCCUGCCAUGACUCAGGCACUGUCACCUUCCGAGCUGGCUCCCUAAUAUCUUCAGCUAAAUUAUUAGUCAAAGAUCCGACCAUUGAAGUGGUCAGUCCCAUGCAGGACAUAACUGUUGAUGAAGAUGGCACAGCAGAGUUCAUAUGCCAGUAUUCUAGGCCAGUGCACGCCAUAUGGAAGAAAAAUGAUCAGGAAAUACAUGCAGAUGGGCAGCGAGUGAUUAUCGAUCAGGACUGGAAUGUGAGCAUGCUAAAAAUUAAACCCACGGUCCCAGAAGACUCUGGCAUCUAUUCUUGUGAAGCUGAAGGCACUCAAGUGAUGGCUACCCUUGAUGUUCAAGCCAAGAACAGCAUUGUCCAGGGCUUGGAGAAUGUGGAAGCUGUGGAAGGAGGGGAAGCCCUGUUUGAGUGCUACCUUUCCAAGCCUGAGUGCUACAACUACAACUGGCUGAUUGAUGAUGAACCUGCCAAGACUACAGAGAACACUGAGAUGGUGUACUUUGAAAAUGGCCUCAGGCAUAUCCUGCUGCUGAAGAACCUGACACCCCGGGAUAGCUGCAGGGUGACUUUCACGUGCAGUGAUGCGGUGACCUCAGCCUUCUUGACAGUGAAAGGGUGGCGCCUACAGAUCUUGCAGCCCAUCAGAGAUGUGGAGGUCUCUCCAGGGCAGAGAGCUACAUUCAGCUGCGCUCUAAGUGAAGCUGUGCCAGCUAAUGAAGUUACCUGGUACAGUAACGAUGCUGAGAUCCAGUCAGAUGAGGACUGGGAGAUACAAGCAGAUGGAAACAAAUACACACUUGUUCUUAAACAAGCCCAGCCACAUCAUUCUGGAGAGGUGACCUUUGCUUCCAGGGAAGCCAUUUCAUCAGCCAAGUUAUCUGUGAUAGAGCCCUCAGUUACAGUCAGCCAUCCCUUGGUGGGAGGAUCAGUUGCAGAAGGGGAGGUGGCUCGCUUGGAGUGCAGCUUGUCGAGUGAAACUGAAGAGGGAGUGACGUGGUUCAAAGGAAAAGAGCAAAUAAAAGCUGGAGGGAGAUACGAGAUCCGGUCUGAUGGAACAAAGCAGAUACUCAUUAUUCAUGCCUUUAAACCUGAAGACCAGGACACAUACACCUGCAUGGUUUCUCCUGAAGUGAAAUCUGUUGCCAGCUUGUCUCUUGAAGUUCCCACAGCAGCAAUGCUCAAAGAGAUCGCCAGGGAAGCACCUGCUGCAAGCCAACCAGAAGAGAUGGUGGAUGGCCAUGUCCAGCCCAGCUUACCCCCUGAAGCUGCUCAGGAGGGAGACCUUCACCUCCUGUGGGAAGCCCUGGCCAAGAAACGCCGGAUGAGCAGAGAGCCCACCUUGGAUUCCAUCAGUGAAUUGCCUGAAGAGGAUGAGAAGCUUCAGAAGCUGAGGAAGGAGGAAGCAGAGAUGUCUCAUUAUUACUCAGAGGAGUACUCAACAUGUGACGAGCUGGCUAGGACCGGAGAAGCGGAUUUCUCUUUCACGAGCUCAGAUGAUGAGUCUAGAGCUGGGACUCCUUCGCUCGUAAACUACCUCAAGAAAGCUGGGAAGAAAAGUAUCAGUGUCACUAGCAAGGUGCAGUCAGGCAAACUGUGGAAGCAGUGGGAGAAAUCCACCGUGGAGACCGUGGUGGCUGCCCCAGCCGCUAAGCCAGCUGAACCAGAACUGCCGGAUUUAGACGAUCCUUCCAUGAACAAGGCUGCCGUGAAGAUCCAAGCUGCCUUCAAAGGCUACAAAGUGAGGAAAGAGAUCAAGCAGCAAGAGUGCCCAGUGUUCACCGAGACCUUCAAAGACUUCUCCGGGGAGCCCGGCAGCACUCUCCACCUGGAGUGCGUGGCCCACAGCAAGAGCGACAUGAGCAUCCGCUGGCUGAAAGACGGCCAAGAGCUUUCGGACGGCCGCUACUACCACAUAGACAACUACAACGAUGGGACCUGCUCGCUCAUCAUCACCGGCCUGGACAAGAAGGACGCAGGCAAAUACACCUGCGAGGCCUCCAACAAAUUUGGCAAGGUUUCCCACAGCGCCAAGGUGGUGAUUGGCGCUCAGGAAGCUCAGGCCCUUCACAAGGAGCAGCAGGCCAAGCAAAGCGCUGACAGCGAGACGGAGAGCUCCUCCGGCAGCGAGCUGGACGACGCCUUCCGUAAAGCAGGAAGGAGGCUUCACAGACUCUUCAGGGCCCAGAUCUCCACCCAGAUCUCCGACGUGGAGGAAGAGCUCUUUGUCAGCGCAGACGAAGGGGACAUAGAGGUGGUGGACCAUCAGACGUACCGCGAGGACGACCAGUACAUCUACAUCAAGUUUGAAGUCCUGGCCGAGGCCAGGGGUGCUGCCACGCGGUUCAGGGAGAUGUUUGGAGCGCUGGGAAUCCCUGUGGAGAUCGACAUUUUGGAACAGGGCCCGAAAAAGAUCGAGCUGCGCAUUGGGAAAGCAACACCACCCACCCACGGGAAGUUCGCACCCUCCAUGGCGAGGCCUCCACCACCUUUGCUGACCUCGGAUACAGCUCCCAUGUUCAUGACUGAGCUCCAAAACCAAGAGGUCCAAGACGGCUACCCGGUCAGCUUUGACUGCUUUGUGGUUGGCAAACCACUCCCCACGGUUCGCUGGUUCAAGGAUGGGAAGGCCAUUGAAGAAAAUGAUCAUUACAUGAUCAAUGAGGACCAGGAAGGCUGCCACCAGCUGAUCAUCACAGCUGUGGUCCCCACGGACAUGGGUGUUUACCGUUGCCUCGCUGAAAACAACAUGGGAGUCGCUUCCACCAAGGCUGAGCUUCGCGUGGACUUGACCAGCACUGACUAUGAGACAGCAGCAGAUGCAACAGAGACAUCUUCUUACUACAGUGCCAAAGGUUAUAUUUCAAGCCGAGAACAGGAGUCGUCUGCCUUUGAGGAGGAGCAGUUGCCCCAGAUAUUUGAUGAGCUUCAUGAUAUUCAUGUGGCACCUGGAGCAUCGCUGGCUAAAUUUCACCUCAAAGUGAAAGGGUACCCACAGCCUCGUCUCUAUUGGUUCAAAAAUGGACAGCCCUUGAAGCCCUCAGAUCGCAUCCUGAAGACUGACAAACGAGAAUUCCACUCCCUGGAGAUCCGAGACGUCACCAAGGCAGAUGCUGGCCAGUACUCCACCUUUGUCAUCAACAAUGCUGGCUCUGCAUACUCAUCAGCCAGACUGGUAGUCAAAGAUCCUUAUGAGAAAGAAGAGCCAGCAGACACAGAUUCCCGUGAGCAGCUGAUCCCACCCAGGUUCUUGGAAAGGUUUACUAAUAAAAAGGUGAAAAAAGGUGCCAGCAUCACAUUAUCUGUAAAAGUGGAAGGACAUCCACCACCAGAAAUUACUUGGCUGAAAGAAGAGUCUCGAGAAGGCAUCCUGUGGAUCAAACCAGAAACUCCUGGGUAUAAACUUGCCAGUUCAAAUCUGCAUCACAGUCUGAUCCUGCUGGAUGUUAAAAAGAAGUACAGUGGAUCUUACACCUGCAUUGCCACCAACAAGGCUGGCCAGUCCAUCUGCACUGCCACCCUGGAAGUCGCAGAUGUGAAAGAGGCUGCAGUUCUGACCCAGGAGCGUGUGAUGGUGUCAGAAGCCAUCAUGACCACACUGGGAGAUAUUCAUCCCUCUGAAGGAAGAGAAGGAGACCUUGAAGCUGGAGUGCCCAAAACCCCUAUUUCAUUAGCUGAUGUAGGCUCAGAGGAGUUCUUCCAGAAACUCACCUCUCGUAUCUCAGAGAUGGUGUCUGCAAAAAUCAGUCAGGCUACGCUCCGAGUGCCAGGUGCAGAAAGCGAUGAUGAGUCCAAAACUCCCUCUGCAUCUCCUCGCCAUGGACGCUCCAGACCUUCAUCCAUUGCUCAGGAGUCCUCCUCUGAAUCUGAAGAUGGGGAUUCCAGAGGAGAGAUCUUUGAUGUCUACAUGGUCACAGCUGACUACGUGCCUGCUGCUCCUGACAAGGAGGCCAUCACUUUGAAGGAAGGUCAAUAUGUAGAAGUUCUUGAUUCAGCUCAUCCUCUGAAGUGGCUGGUCAGGACUAAACCCACAAAAUCCAGCCCCUCUCGACAGGGCUGGGUAUCUCCAGCUUACCUGGAUAAGAAAUUAAAGUUGUCACCAGAGUGGGGAACAAUGGAAGUUCCUGAGUUCCCUGGAGAGUUUGUUACUGAAGAUGAGUAUAAAAGGAAGCUAAGUGUUCUUAUUCAAGAGCUGUUGAUCUCAGAAGAGGAUUACAUUCAAGAUCUACUGUUCCUCCAGAAUCAUCACCUUAAGUUCACUGAGACCUGUCCCAACGUCCCAGGAGCUGUUGCCAGUCAGAAAUCCACCAUCUUCAGAAAUGUUGAUGACAUUGCUCACUUCCAUUCCAGUGUCUUCCUCCGAGGCUUGCAGAAAUGUGACACUGAUGAUGAUGUGGCCAUGUGCUUUAUCAAGCAUGAAGCAGAGUUUAAUAAGUACAUCCAGUACCUGGUGGGAAGGGUACAGGCUGAGUCAAUUGUUGUCAGCAAAGCAGUCCAGGAUUUCUACAAGAGAUACACAGAUGAAUUUUUAACUGGUGAAGAUCCUUCACAGCCACUUAUCCCACCACUGCAGCACUACCUGGAAAAACCCAUCAACAGGAUCCAGCAGUACCAAACUAUAAUCAAGGAAUUGAUCCGAAACAAAGCAAGAAACAGCCAAAACUGCACUUUGCUGGAGCAGGCUUAUGCCAUUGUGUCUGCACUCACACGGAGAGCAGAAAACAACCUUCAUGUCUCACUCAUUGAGAAUUACCCAGGGACCUUGGAAAGCCUUGGGGAACCCAUCCGCCAGGGCCACUUCAUUGUGUGGGAAGGAGCUCCAGGAGCUAGAAUGGCAUGGAAAGGACACAAAAGACAUGUCUUCCUCUUCAAAAACUAUAUUGUGAUCUGCAAACCAAAGAGAGACACAAAGACAGACACCUACAGUUACAUCUUCAAGAACAUCAUGAAGCUGAACAACAUAGAUGUGAACGAGCUGGUGGAAGGGGAUGACCGAGCCUUCGAGAUCUGGCACGAGAGGGAGGACCUGGUCCGCAAGUACCUCCUGCAGGCGCGCACCGUCAACAUCAAGAACUCCUGGGUCAAGGACAUCUGUGGCAUACAGCAGCGGAUCAGUGAGCCACUCUGGAUACCUCCAGACUUUGAGGAAGAGCUGGCAGACUGCACAGCUGAGCUGGGAGAGACAGUCAAGCUGGCUUGCAAAGUCACAGGAGCUCCCAAGCCAUCUGUCAGCUGGUACAAAGAUGGGAAGCCUGUGGAGGUGGAUCCCCACCACAUUAUAAUAGAAGAUCCAGACGGCUCCUGCACGUUGAUCUUGGACAACCUGACAGGCAUUGACUCAGGGCAGUACAUGUGCUUUGCUUGCAGUCCUGCUGGAAAUGCCAGCACCUUGGGAAAGAUCCUUGUUCAAGUGCCCCCACGGUUUGUGAACAAGGUCAGAAACGCCUAUUUUGUGGAGGGUGAGGAUGCUCAGUUUACCUGCACUGUGGAAGGAGCACCAAGGCCUCAGAUCAGGUGGUACAAAGAUGGUGUACUCCUGACAGACACCAGCAAAUACCAGACCUUCAGUGAACCACGGAGUGGCAUGAUAGUCCUGGUGGUCAAGAACCCUUCCAAUGAAGACAUGGGACACUAUGAAUGUGAGCUGAUGAACAGAUUAGGGGUUGCAAAAUGUGGAGCAGAACUUUACCACCACACUGCUGCAGCCCUCACCCAAGAGAGGAGAGGAGACCAAGCCAUCACAAUUGAAGUCACUGAACAAGAGACUAAAGUGCCCAAGAAAACCAUCAUCAUAGAGGAAACGAUAACCACUGUGGUGAAGAACCCGAGACAAAGGGGAAGGGUUUCUCCUGCACGCUCUCCUUCACGGUCGCCCUCCCGCUCCCCGAGAGCGGAGCCGACUCCAGAGCCGCUGUAUGUCUCAAAGAUCAGGCAGCCAGUCCACAGAUACGAGCAGGAGGCAACACCCAAGUCAGCUGUCCCCAUGCUGUUUGUCACAGAACCAGAGGACAGGCAAGGAGCAGCAGCUGGAGCUGUCAUCGCAGAGACCAAAGUGGGUGAGGAAAAGCCCAAAUGGGUCGAAGUGGAAGAAAUAAUCGAAUUCAAGGUGAAGAAAUCACCAAAACCUGCAAGGAAAAGAGGCUCUUCCCCAGCAAAACAAGAAAAAGAUGAUUCAGGGGUGUUAACGUUCACUUUUCCCAGCCCAAGGCCUGGGCGCUCCCCAGAAGAUGACCCAAACACAAACAACUCCAACAAUAAGUUGGUGGAACAGUCAAAAUCUUUGCCCAGUGAUGGUCUCCCUGAAGCUGAUAUCCAGCCCCUGGUGUAUGCAGCUGAGCAGGAAGGAGCCCAAGUCAGCAGCGAAGAUAGAAGCUCCCCAUGUGGACCGGAGCAACCAGGAAAUAAUUCAUGUAUGGAUUAUGGAACAGAAGGAAAGAGCUUCCCACAGGAGGCAAGUGCUCACCAAGGGUCAGAGGGCUCACCACCACUGCUUGCCUGCAGGGGUGAGCCUUUGGUGUUCAGUAUUGAGACAGCUGCUCCAGGCCAGCACGAACUUCUAUUCUCAUUAGUGAGUCCAGAGGUUGAGGAAGAGGUAGAGGAAUUGGAUGAAUCUUGGCCCGUUGAAGAAGGGGGACCCGAAGUAGUGCAAGAUGUCCUCACAGAAGAGGAUAAUGUCAUGAUAGUUGAUGAACCAGAGGAACUACAGACAGAUGACAUUAGCACCCGGGAACACAAGAUCCUAACCCACAAUGGCAAAGUAUUGACUUUGGAGGACCUUGAAGAUUACGUUCCUGAAGAGGGCGAGACCUACGGGUGUGACGGUCAGAGCCACGCAGCAGAGAAGCCCUGCGAGAUCUCCGUGCUCCAGACAGAGAUCAAUGAGCCCACGGUUGGGAAGCCAGUGCUGCUCAGCCUGGGCAGACCUGUGGUGCCCGAGCCCAGGCAGAGGUUUUUCAGCCAGUUUGAGGAGCACAUUCCUGGGGGCGUGUUCGUGUCGGCAUCCAGAGUCACCGGCGUGCAAUCUGUGGGCCCCUCAAACAUCUCUUUCCACGUGAGUGACGCCUGCGUGGCAGGAGUGCAUGCAGCCACGGCAGCAGCUGCCCCUGCUCCUUCCUUCACAGUGAAGCCCUCUUUCUGCACCGAAGUCCAGCUCUCAGCAGACAACGGACAGUCGAGCUUUAAAACCGAAGUUUCCACCAGAACCCUCAGCUACGGGACCGUUGGCGAGCCUGUCACCUUGCACAUCAGCACAGAAGACCUCUCCCAAAGCUGAGGAGAUGCAAGCAUCACUUUUAACACAACAGAAAGCAGUGUUUCAGACAAAAAAAA